AUUAUGUAGGGGCCAAAGUGUUAGGAGUUAGCUGAGAGAGAGAGAGAAUCGAGAGAGAGGGAGGGAGAGAGAGAGAGAUGGCGGUGAGGAGCAGAGAAGUGCUGAGCGCCUACAGGGCUCUGCUCAGGGCCACCAGGAAGACAUUCGCCGGAGACUCCGUCAUGCUGUCGGGGUCCGCCGCCGAGAUCCGGAAGAAGUUCGAGGAGAACCGUCACGUCACCUCCGAAGCCGAUCUCCAGCGUCUCCUCGACGAGGCCCGCGAUGCCUCCGAAUUCAUCUCCACCACCAUCGUCCAGGCCAAGCUCAACUCCCGCGGGGACUAUGAGGUGAAACCAGGGAAAGAGCAUGCAGGAGCUACUUUUGAGCAUCCGUCGGAAAUUCUACGGAGGAAUGACUUACCAAAAUGAGCUAGUCUUGUGCAGUUACUCUUCUUUACUCCGAGUUAUCUAGAUAGGCAUACAAACUACCUCAUGGUCUCUUCCUGGAGCUUGCAGAGGGUUUACUCCCUGGACACUUCCAUCUUUCUCGUGUCGCAAUUAGCCAUCUUAUCUAACUGUUUAGGUUGAGUUUUCAGCAAAGAAUUAUAUUUUCUAAGUUGAAGAGAAAUAAUUUUCUUUGGAUUUCGUCCUGUGAUCUAUUGCUUUUACCAGUUCUCAUGGACGUGCCUCAAGGCGCAUAGAUACAUGUAAACAUGUGUUGGGAAACAACGAAUAUCUGUUUGCAUGUUAUA